UUAGGUCUUAAAUUAUUGUAUGGUAGAAAAAAGAGCUAAAUAAUCAAGAUGGAGUUAUGGGCCUUGGUUGGUCACUUGUCGUUGGCUAUAGUGGUCAUAGUGAUGGUCCAUAUGCCGGAGGUCAAAGUUAAAGCUGACCAGACGCCUUGUGUAGCCAAGCAGUUUGACCAGGACAGUGUCGUGUGUGUUUGCAACUCCACAUAUUGUGACUGGCAGGGUAUAGAGGGGGGUGGUCUCCUUUGGACGUACUACAACACCUUCUUGACAACCCGGGCAGGGCAGAGACUCAAUCGGGACCUUGGGAGUUUUGACGAGUACGUGCCCAAUAAAUAUGUCUUCCAUAUCGGCAAUGAGACUAAACAGACCAUUAUUGGCUUUGGCGGUGCCUUCACUGAUGCUGCAACGAUCACAAUGGAUACUUUGUCAGCUGAUGCAAGAAUGAAUUUGCUAAAAUCGUAUUGGGAUCAGCAAGGUAUUGAAUACACAGUUGGCAGGAUUCCUAUGGCAAGUUGUGAUUUUUCUACAAGGAUUUACUCAUAUGAUGAUAAUGAAGGUGACCUUAGUCUUGAAAAGUUCAGUCUAGCAGAGGAGGACCUUAAUCAUAAAAUUCCUGCAAUUUUGGACGCCCUGAAAGUGACCAAAAGAAACCUGACCUUCUUUGGAAGUCCCUGGAGUACUCCAUACUGGAUGAAAACGAAUGGUAACAUGACAGGAAAGGGAACCAUAAAGGGCUCCCCUGGUGGAGAAUACUUUAAAGCCUGGGCUAACUAUUUUGUGAAGUUCAUACAAGCUUAUAAAGACAAAGGUGUGAAUAUAUGGGGCCUCACUGCACAGAAUCAGCCGUCAGAUGGGAUGAUAGAUAAUUUUGCAUACCAAUGUCUUGGUUGGACCCCAGAACUGCAAAGAGACUUUAUUUCUAAUGAUUUGGGGCCAGCCCUUGAGACGAAUGGUUUGGGUGGCGUGAAACUGAUGAUACUUGAUGAUCAGAGAGUGUUCUUGCCUGACUGGGCUCAAAUUGUCCUCACUGAUCCUUUCGUUAAGAAAUAUGUGUCCGGCAUUGCUGUGCAUUGGUACAAUGACUCAACUGUCUCAACUACUGUCCUAGACAGGACCUAUGAACAAUUUGGAGAUGAUUUUUUCAUACUUAACACUGAGGCCUGCGAACGGGACUUAUUAAAUAAGAAUAAGCCAGUUUUGCUUGGUAACUGGUCUCGAGCGGAGCAGUAUUACACAGACAUUAUACAAGACCUGAAUCAUGGCGUCUCUGGCUGGGUGGACUGGAACAUGGCCUUGGAUAUAAGCGGAGGCCCAAACUGGGCGAACAACAGAGCAGACAGCCCUAUUAUUGUUAACGCAGAGAGCGACGAGUUCUAUAAACAACCCAUGUUCUAUGCUAUGGGCCACUUUAGUAAAUUCAUAAGACCCGGCUCGAAGGUUUUGUCUCAUAGUGAUAACUUGCCUAGUAAUUCUGAUCUUCAGGCCAUCUUCUUUGAAAGAGAGGAUGAUUCAAUUGCUGCCAACUUUAUUAACACCAAUGAGACUGAAGCUUACAAUAUUACUAUUAUGGACUACAUGGUUCCUGGGAUUCUGAAUCAAAACAUUCCCCCAAAGAGUUUCAUUACCUUCAUUUGGUACAGGAGAUAGGAAUUUACGUUUCAUAUUAUUAUUAUAUAUAAGUUUAUAUAUACAUGUAAUAAUAUUAUACCUCACAUAAAUUUGUCCCUUCUUUGUAUAUAUAAACUCUAUCAGUCCGUAUAUCGCUGUACUUUGAUGAAAAUCUAGUUAAAUGACGUCAGCGAAAACUUGUCGCAAGUAAACAUUAUUAGCUCUAGAAGAGGCCAUGUGAAAUACUAGUGACAGUAUUAUUAUGAUAGAUUAUAUACCACUUAAUGUUAACUCUAUUGCAACAAAACCUCACCAUAUUGUUAAUCUUUGUAUCUUGAAAACAAUUCAUGAUAAAUCUUGUUAAGGAUUCUGA